AAUGGCCACCGCAAACAGUAAAAAUGACGAACAACAGAAUAUUGUGAACAAAUCUGAGGAAGAAGAGGAUAUUGUUAAUUUAAAUGAUAUUGUUAGGGAAGAGGAUCAACUAGAGGAAGAUGCCAGGGCUGUUUUAGGAGGAGCCGAUGCUCGUAUUUGUACGUAUGAUGAAGGAUACUUGAAACGUCAGCCAUUAUAUAGCUGUAAAAGUUGUGGUUCUGGAGCUAUAUGCUUGGCUUGUAGCUUUGAAUGUCACGAUACUCAUGACCUUGUUGAACUCUACACAAAGCGCAAUACGAGAUGCGAUUGCGGUAAUUCUAAAGUUCCUGGCAAAUGCCAACUGAGACCAGAUAAAGCUGAGAAAAAUGAGGAAAAUACUUAUAAUCAUAAUUACGACGGAGUUUAUUGCAUCUGUAGUCGGCCUUACCCUGAUCCUGAGGAUACCAGUGAAGACGAGAUGGUCCAAUGCGUAAUAUGCGAAGAUUGGCAUCACACCAGACACUUGAACGGUGAUUUAAAAGGAUCUAUUAUCUCACCAAAUUCUUACAGCGAAGUCACUUGUAAAGGUUGUGUGGAAAAGCACACAUUUCUCAUCCCCUAUAUCACUCACUAUGAAUCUUCAAAGGAUACUGAAACCGAAGAGGCACUUGAUGUCGAAGGUUGUAUUUUAGAUGAAUUGAAAAAGAAGAGCAAAUCUUCCGCCCAAGCGGUAUUUUGGAGAGAAGGUUGGCGUAAUGGAUUAUGUAGGUGUCAAAAUUGUAAGAAAACAUAUACUGAAAGUGGUAUAGGAUUCCUUCUUGACCCAGAGGACAGUGUUCAAGCUUACGAAGAAAAAGCCAAAACUCGUACAGCAAGCGAAGAAGGAAAUUUGAAUAGAGCUCUGGAAAAUAUGUCGAGAGUUCAACAAAACGAAGUUCUCGCCGGUUACAAUAAUAUGAAAACUAAACUUGGAACGUUCCUAAAGGAAUUCGCUGAAAAACGCAAGACCGUAGAAGCUAAAGAUAUUCAAGAAUUCUUUAAAGAUUUGAAUAACAAGCGCCGCAGAACAGAUAUUCCGCCAAACACUUGCAAGUAG